CAUCCCCUCCUCAUUGGCACGUGCGGACGGACUCUACGAGAAAACAAAACAACGUUGCUGUUUUGCUCUCUCUCUCUUAUAAGCAGCUGCCCAUCAAACCGACUAAAAAGUCUCAGAUAGAGAGAGAAAGAGAGACUGUGAUCGAUUUUUUUGUUGGUGAAAGGAGCCAUGGCGUGUACGAGUUUGGUAAAGUUGCAGGCAUCGUCUUCAUCAUGGAUCGGUCAAAAGUCCUUCAAUCAACGGCCGGGAUCAUCCUGUCGUUUGCCGACUCGCCGUGUUUCUGUCAUCCGAGCCGGAUCUUACACCGAUGAACUCGUUAAAACUGCCAAAUCAAUUGCAUCUCCUGGCCGUGGUAUCCUUGCCAUUGACGAAUCAAAUGCAACCUGUGGAAAGAGGUUGGCAUCUAUUGGGUUGGACAAUACAGAACCCAACAGACAGGCGUAUAGGCAACUUUUACUGACCACUCCUGGUCUGGGUGAAUAUAUUUCUGGUGCCAUUCUUUUUGAGGAAACACUCUACCAGUCAACGACAGAUGGGAAGAAGUUUGUUGACUGCCUGCGUGAUGAGAACAUUGUGCCUGGCAUCAAAGUUGAUAAGGGUUUAGUUCCACUACCAGGAUCCAACAAUGAAUCUUGGUGCCAAGGAUUAGACGGAUUGGCUUCUAGAUCCACUGAAUACUAUAAGCAAGGGGCUCGUUUUGCAAAGUGGCGCACAGUUGUCAGCAUCCCUUGUGGUCCUUCUGCUUUGGCUGUUAAAGAAGCUGCAUGGGGUCUUGCACGUUAUGCUGCUAUUUCUCAGGACAAUGGUCUGGUCCCGAUAGUGGAACCUGAGAUUCUUCUUGAUGGGGACCACCCAAUUGAGAGGACACUUGAAGUCGCCGAGCAAGUUUGGGCAGAGGUCUUCUACUACUUGGCAGAAAACAAUGUUACAUUUGAAGGUAUUUUGCUAAAGCCUAGCAUGGUGACACCUGGGGCUGAACACAAAGAGAAGGCUUCUCCCGACACCAUUGCCAAAUAUACUCUGACCAUGCUCCAGAGGAGAGUACCUCCUGCAGUUCCUGGAAUCAUGUUCUUGUCAGGAGGACAAUCAGAAGUGGAAGCAACACUGAACCUGAAUGCUAUGAACCAGACCCCCAACCCAUGGCACGUAUCCUUUUCUUAUGCACGUGCCCUGCAGAACUCUGUGCUCAAGGCAUGGCAAGGACUUCCUGAGAAUGUAGAAGCUGCACAAAAGGCGCUUUUGGUGCGUGCAAAGGCGAACUCCCUGGCCCAACUUGGAAGGUACUCCGCUGAGGGUGAGAACGAAGAAGCUAAGAAGGGAAUGUUUGUUAAGGGCUACACUUACUGAGUCAGAGUUUGCUACAACUAGUACUCUUGGCCGGAUGAGUAGUGUACUUCCAGUUUUUGCAGAUGAGGCUCGUUAGAUGAGCCCAUUUACUCUUCUUUUUGUCUUAAUAUUGGAGUGGUUGAUAAUAAUAAGCUGUGAGAAAGGAUUUUUCAAAACUGUAACCCUGGAGAGGAUACAUGUACCACCUGUAUGUUCUUUUGUUAAAAGCUUUGGAUCUUGAGAUUGUUUCUGGAGUUAUCUAAAUUAUGUUCUUUUGGUAAUCAAGUUGGAUCUUCAGAUUGUCCCGGGAGUUAUCUGAAUAAUAUGAAUGAAGAACUGCUGGGACCUAUUGUAAUGUUAUUUCUUUAUAUAUCCAUCUAUAUUGUUC